AUGUUAUUAUCAUCUUAUAAUUCGAAUGCUCAAACAACCCCACCAAAACCCCAAUCCUUCAUUUUCCCAAUCAAGAAAGAUGCCAAAACCAAUCAAUACUACACCACCAUUCAAAUAGGUUCCAAAGCCACCACACUCGACGUCGUGAUCGACCUCGGCGGCAAAUUCCUCUACUUCUACUCCGGCGACUACUCCAACGCCACGUCAUCGUACCGCCCGAUCCCGUGCGGGACCCGCAAAUGCAGGACCGUCGUCGACACCGACGGCUGCGUCGUCUUCUGCAAUACAUCCCCCGGCCCCGCGCCAGGGUGCACCAACAACACCUGCGCCGACUACGCGCUGAAUCCCUUCACCGGCACCCAGGGCUACAACGGCCUGGGCGAGGACGCCCUGCGCGUGCGCUCCACGCGCGGGUCCCGCCGCUACUACACGGUGAAUAACUUCCCGUUCCAAUAUUCGGAUCCCGUUCUGAAGGAUGAGCUGGCAAGCUCCACCUCCGGAGUGAUUGGGCUGGGCAGGUCAAAGAUAUCCCUGCCUGCCCAGCUCUCCUCUGCUUUCAAGAUCCGCCGGAAGUUCGGCCUCUGUGUUCCGUCUUCCGGCGGCGGUAACGGAAAUAUGAUCGUUGGAGAGACGACAUAUUACAAAAUUUCCAACAAGUCACUGAUUUCCACCACCACCCCACUCUUGAGAAAUCAUGGGAGCAAAUAUAACAAUGGGAGGUUGGGCAACUUGACGGUGGAGUACUUCAUCGGUGUAAGAUCCAUUAAAGUAGGCUCCAAGACACUCUCGUUGAACAAAACGAUGCUCUCGAUCGAUGAGAGCAACGAUGGAAGUGGAGGCACUAGCAUUCAGACAGUGAGGCCUUACACCACACUGCAAAGACCACUUUACAGGGCUUUGGUCAAAGAGUUUGUCAAGGCUGCUCGAGCCAAGAAUAUUACGAGAGUGAAAUCCGUAGCUCCGUUUGGGGCUUGCUUCGAUUCGAAGAGUGUAAUUGUGAGCUCGAAGACGGGCCCACAAGUGCCGACUAUCGAUUUUGUUAUGCAGAAGAAGAGUGUUUAUUGGAGGUUUUAUGGAUCGAAUUCGAUGGUUAGAGUUGCUAGUAAAGACGUGAUUUGCCUUGCGUUUGUUGAAGGAGAAAUAAAUAUAGCAGGACCGACGACGUCGAUAGAAGUGGGAGGGUAUCAAAUGGAGAAUUAUCUGCUCGAGUUCGAUUUGGCUUCUUCAAAGUUCGGGUUUAGCUCUUCACUCUUGCUGCAUGAUACAACUUGUUCUAAGUUCCUAAGCUAG